GCGUCCGGUCUAGUUUGUCCGCCAUUUUGAGUCUUGUUACUUUUCUUUUGCGGAGACGCGCAUACGUGUAGUGCGGCUUUCAGUAUUUCCCUGAUAUAGGUACUUUUAUUGAAAACGUUCCUGUGCCGUAAAUGUUUUUACAUAUUGUGUAGUUUAUUGUAAUUCACAAUUUUUAUUGUUUUAUUUUCGUGAUUGAAAUAGUACGGAACAUUUUACUAUGCAAAUGCAAGGGAUGAAUCAAUUUGGAAAUAGAGGAUACGGCGGACCACCGCAGCCGCAGCGUCAAGGUGGUCGCCGAGGAAAUAAUCGCGGAGGUUUCCGUAAUUCUAGAUUUGAGCACAACAAUCAAAAUCAAAGAAAUCAUAAUCAUGGACAAGGAGGUCAACGACCUAAUAAUGAACCAGUGAAACAAGUAGUGUCUGAUAAGCAAUCUCCCCCAACACCACAGCAGCAGAAGGAGAAACCUAUCGAGGAGGUGCAGCAGGCACCAGCGGCUGCUUCCACACCAGCACCACCUCAGAUACAGCAACAAAACAACAGACCACAACAACAAAGCCAGAGGCCACAGCAAAACCAGCGUGGGCCUCAACAAGGCCCGCAACAGAACCAGCGCCCACAGAAUCAACAACAACCACAACAAUCACCACAACAACAGCCUCAACAACAGCAACAACAACAGCAGCAGCAAAAAUUAAACCAGUCCAAAUCCCAGGAUGAUGUUGACAAGUCUAUUGGGAGUGAAAAAAAUACACAAGGACCUAGUCCUAACCAGAACCAAUUCCAAAAGAACAUCAAUGGAAACUUUGGUGGGGGAAACAAAUCAGGUGGAACAUGGAGUCAAGGUGGUCCCAACAACAGGCAGAAUCAGAACCAGAAUCAAAACCAAAAGCAGUUUGGCCCCAAGCAGCAAGGUGUUGGUGGUGGCCCAGCUCGCAAUCAGCGCCACAGCAUGAGGGGCCAGCAGGAUGGGAAGACAGUACAGCGUGAGGAUCAUUUCUUGUUAAACAAACUCAAAGAGCUUGUUGGACCUUUGAUAGAUUUGCCUCAAAUUGACCAAACAGAACUUAAAUUCAAUGGUAGAAGCAGACUUUACAUUGGAAAUCUAACAUCUGAUGUAACUGAAGAGGAAAUUAUGAAUUUGUUUGGGCAGUUUGGUGAAGCUGCAGAAUUGUUUCUUAACAAAGAAAAGAACUUUGGAUUUAUUAAAAUGGACUACAGGGUUAAUGCAGAAAAGGCAAAAAGGGAGCUUGAUGGUAAAAUGAGGAAUGGCCGUUCUCUGAGAGUGAGAUUUGCCCCACAUAAUUGUGCUGUCAGAGUUAAAAAUUUGCCUCCAUUUGUGUCAAAUGAACUUCUCUUUAAAGCCUUUGAAAUAUUUGGAAAAAUCGAAAGGGCUUAUGUUAGGGUUGAUGAAAGAGGAAAAACUUUAGGAGAGGGAGUUGUGGAGUUUGCUCGUAAACCUAGUGCUUUAUCUGCAAUUAGGAAUUGUACUGAGAAGUGCUUCUUUUUAACAUCGUCCCUGCGCCCGGUUAUUGUUGAAAGUUAUGAGGAACCGGAUGAGUUUGAUGGUUACCCAGAAAAGAAUUUACCCAAGAAACAUCCAGAAUUUCUUCGUGCUCGUGAGAUGGGACCUCGUUUCUCUGAGCCGAACAGCUUUGAACAUGAAUAUGGGACCAGAUGGAAGCAAUUGCAUGAACUACACCGUCAGAAAGAGGAAGCUCUCAAAAAGGAGUUGGCAGCCGAAGAAGAGAAGCUUGAAGCUCAAAUGGAAUAUGCCAAAUACGAGCACGAGACGGAGCUGCUGCGCGAGCAGCUGCGCCAGCGCGAGCAGGACCGCGAGCGACAGAAGCGCAGCUGGGAGAUGGCGGAGCGCGCGGCGGAGGAGCGGCGCGAGGCGGAGCGCGCGCAGCUGCUGCGCCAGGAGGAGGAGCUCUCGCAGCGCAUGCGUCUGCAGGACGACGAGCUGCGUCGCCGCCAGCAGGAGAACACGCUCUUUGUACAGGCACAAAGAUUGAAUUCAAUGUUGGACAGACAAGAACAGGGGAUGUUUGAUCAGCAGCAGCCAAUGGAAGGAGGCUUCAGAGAGCAGUACGACAUGCCGCGCGGGGGCUAUGACGACAUGCCGCCACAGACCCGCGGUUGGGACGGGCCGCGCCAUAUGGAUGAUUACCCUAACAAACGCCGUCGAUUCUAACUGCUUUCUUACUACGUGACGGAACAAAAUACGUCACAUUUGACUGCAUAAGCAGCCUGAAAUCCCGUGUCUUAACCAUUCGGUUUGUCGCGAAUAUAAAUUUAAGAUUAUUAUAUUUUAUUAGACCUAAUCAGCAGAUAUUCUCUUCUGUGAAAUAGUACUUCGCUUUUGCAUAUUUCGCAACAUUUGUACAAGGUGAUUACCGAACCGAGUGCACACAUUCAAGGCAAGUCGAAAGCGCUUACAACUUGCCCAUACGAUUUCACUGUUAUUUUUACCCCACUGACUCAAAAGGGUAAUGUUUUUAAUAAUUUUAAUGUUUAAUAAUAUAUAAUUUUUAUUGUCAAGAAGUUACAAGUAAACGUUUUAAGCGGUUUUGUGUAAACUUAUUUAUUCUUUAGUAAAGCCGAUUUCGCUCACACUCAAACCUACCCUACCUUAGUAAGGUCGGCUAAGGUAAAAUCUCAAGCUCAGGCAUUGUCACUGUAAUAUGUGUUCAAACACAGAAAAAUUGAAUGUUAGUAGUGCACUUAGGCGGUAUGUAGUUUAAUUAUUCGAAUUGUAAGAAAACAGCUAAUAUUACAAACUUUAAUAUUACUUUAAUUAUUAUUUGC